AUGGCUUUCAAGCUGAUUGCUCUCGUCUCCUGCUGCCUGGCAGCCGCAUCCGCUGGUAUUAUCCCGCUGGAGCAGCACGAACACCAGCCGCAGCUCUACCAGGCCCACCAGCCACAGCAUGUGAUCUACCAGAAGCAGCACGAGAUCCAUCCCCACGGCCAUGAGGUGUACCCCGACGAUCCUCAUCCGAAGUACAACUUCGCCUACGAUGUCCAGGACGCUCUCUCCGGGGACUCCAAGAGCCAGGUUGAGUCCCGCGAUGGGGAUGUGGUCCAGGGCGAGUACUCGCUGGACGAUGCCGAUGGCUUCCGUCGCACCGUCAAGUACACGGCUGACUCUGUAAACGGAUUCAAUGCCGUUGUGCACCGUGAGCCUUUGGCCCAUGUGCACCACAAGGUGGUGGCCGCUGCUCCCGCUCAGUACCAUCAUGCUCCCGCUGCCCCCGCUGCCGUGAUCAAGACUUAUGCCUCUCCUGCUCCCGCUUAUGUGGCCCCCGCUUACACUGCUCCCGCCUACACCGCCCACCACGAGGUGCAGCCCCAGCAGCACCAGAUCGAGCAUGUGCAUGUCCAGCAGCCGGCUCAGGAACAGGAUCACCAGCAGCACCACUAUGCCAGCUACGAGUCCCCCGCCCACUCGCAGGCCGCCCAUGAGGGUCAUGAGUACUACCACCACCAGUAAGGGGUUACCUACAGCCACAGAUCACCUGACGAGCAAAAAGUAUUAACU